UGAAUUGUCAACAAGUUAAGUUACAAGAAACUGGUGGGCAAAUCUUAAUACCAAGGAAUUUGGGCACUUCUGUCUGAUUCAGCGUUGCUAUGCUACAGCCACUCUUGAACCAGCUUGCUUUCCAGGUUAAUCUGCUUUCCAGCAGUGCUUGCUUUCUUUUCUGUGGUUCCUUGAUUCUCUUAAAGCUGGCAUUGAGUUGCUCCCCCUCCACUUGCCCCUGGAAAUGGAUGCACAUCUGCAAAGACUUUCUGUGAUGCUGACCAAGUAUAUGGCGACCAAGACAUGCAUGAAGUGGUUAGGAAGCACUGUAUGGACUACCUGAUGAAGAAUGCUGAUUACUUUUCCAAUUAUGUGACAGAAGAUUUCACCACUUACAUCAACCGGAAGCGGAAAAACAACUGUCAUGGCAAUCAUAUUGAAAUGCAAGCUAUGGCAGAAAUGUACAAUCGUCCUGUGGAGGUUUACCAGUAUGGCACAGAGCCCAUCAACACUUUCCACGGCAUCCAUCAGAAUGAGGAUGAACCCAUCCGGGUGAGCUAUCACCGCAACAUACAUUACAACUCUGUGGUGAACCCCAACAAGGCAACUAUUGGGGUGGGGCUUGGACUCCCCUCCUUCAAACCAGGGUAUGCAGAACAGUCCUUGAUGAAGAACGCAAUCAAGACGUCAGAGGAGUCAUGGAUUGAGCAGCAGAUGCUGGAGGAUAAAAAGCGGGCAACAGACUGGGAAGCAACCAAUGAAGCCAUUGAAGAGCAGGUUGCCCGGGAAUCUUACUUGCAAUGGCUGCGUGACCAGGAAAAGCAGGCCAGACAGCCCCGCAAAGCGAGCGCUACCUGCAGCUCUGCCACAGCGGCCGCAGCCAGUGGCUUGGAAGAAUGGAGCGGCCGCUCUCCACGCCAGCGCAGCUCAGCAUCUUCCCCAGAGCACCCAGACCUGCACAAUGAGCUGAAUGCUGCCAAACCACCUUCCCCUGGAAGCACCACAGCUCUAGCACUUACCAAACCCCCCUCACCGUGUGCUCCUGGUACAAGCAGCCAGCUUUCUGCAGGUGGUGGACGAGCAACCCCUCCCUUAGUGUCAUUGUAUCCAGCCCUGGAGUGCCGGGCCAUAAUGCAACAAAUGUCACCCACAGCCUUCGGCUUGAGCGACUGGGAUGACGACGAGAUCCUGGCUUCGGUGCUAGCCGUGUCACAACAGGAAUACUUGGAAAGCAUGAAGAAGAGCGCCCUGCACAGAGACAGUGGUUCCGACAAGAGUUGAUAACUCGCUUGCAGCUCCUGUGCUCGCCUGACACCCCUUAGGUGCAUGUUUUGGCCGGAAGGAUGAUGAUGAUGAUGACGACGACGAUACCUGGGACCUCUCCCCUCCUCUGCUGCUGCUGAUCAAUGCUCCUUCGGCUGCCCUUUUUUUCUCCCGACGUUUGGCUCUCUGCAUCUGACCCCCUGCUGCAUUGGGGGAAGAAACAAGAGAGAGAGGGACAGGACCUCCUUAACAAGGAGCUGGAACACGCACAAACUGGGGCAUGCUGGGCUUCCCCCUUCAUCAGCCAUUACUUUCAUUAUUAAAAAGAAAUAAUUGAUAUGGUCCUAAAUGAGCCCUCCCCCCUUUGGGAUCUGUGGGUAUGAGUGUGCACAGUUUACCUACGGAGAAUGAGGGGAGGCUGGCUUAAGGAGAGUGGCAAUAAAUAAAGAGUGACCCUAGGGCAUGCCAGCUUCCCUCCUCCUCGGUGUUGGGGGAGUGGGGCCGGAUGAUUUCUAGGCAUAGAAAGAGAGGUAGACAGUAUACUACUGUUUUUGACUCUUUCCCCUUCAUUAUUCACCCUGGUGUCCUGCCUUCUAAUAAGAGAGACUUCAGUGGGGUGGGUCCUCGCCCCCCUCUGUCAUUUCAACCACUACACCUUUCAUCUCUGAGGAACAUUGUAGAACAAAAUUGCUAUCUGUCUUCUCUCCAUACAGGAGCCUCUUUCUCUAUUCACCUGGGUCUUAACUGCGUGUUUGUUCACAUGUGGCCCCUGACUGCCCAAGCUGGUAGCACUAGCUUGUUUGUCCAACUCUGUAGUUUCUUUGGCACUGCCUCUGGGCUUCCUGCUAUCUCUUGCCCACAUGCCAGGGAGUGGGGGAUAGAGGUGUUGUGUUCAACGCUGGUCUUUCCCUAGGAAUGGGCUUUGUCUCAACAUUUUAAUGCGGAGAGAGUAUUGGUCACAAAUAUCAAAAGAUGGAGGUUGCAUCUGCAACAGUAGAAGAGAAGUUCCCUCAUGAAAGGAGACCUUGAAUCACAGGUUGGAGGCCAUUUCAGACAGGACCAGCUGUCCUCUUAGGUUCUGGACAACUGGUGAACUGGCCUAGAAGCUAAGUAAGCCCUGAAAUAGACCACUGUCUGGCAACCUUUCCUGUCCUACUUGUGGUGUCUUCCUCACUACUGCUGUAGUCAUCACCCACCUGUUGUGGCAGUUUGUAUUCUCUUAAACCCUGGCUCUGAAAGACUGAGUAUGGUGGAGACUUUCAUAUAAUGGUGGAGCUUACUCAGCUCCUUCUGCGUCUGCACUCUAAGUCUGAAAUCCAUGGAGUGGUGGGAUUUUCUGAAGGCCCCCCCUUUUUUUUUAGCCUCCAAAAGACAGGAGGGAUGACAGAUGGCUGCUUUAGGAAAACUUGCUGCAGGAGACGCCAUGGAUGACUGAUUGAAAAGUCGAAUUUUGGUACCUGAAAAUAAAAUAUAGGCAGAGUUGGCUUUUGACACUCUACUUCUUAAAAAAAAGCCUUUUUAACCACUGAGGUUUAUGACAAUCUUGCCUUGACUGGUGGAGAAAUAGUAGCCAGAACAGGAGAAUGCAUUUACAGUAUAUACAUACGAACAAAGAAUCUAAGCCUUUUUUUUUCUUCCAAGAAUACGCUGUCUGCACUUUCUCAUUUCCAGGAAACUAUGUUGCCAGUAGCUGGAGUUGAAUAGUUGCUUUCCAAAGACCUCUCAUGGUCAGUGCCCGGGAUCAACCCACAGUAUGAAAACACAGUCUCUGGUGAUCAUCUGUGUAGAACUGAAUGCUGCAGAGGCUCCUUUCAGAAGUGCCCCAAAUCCCACCCAGGUGCCAGUCAGUAAUUAAAAUUACUUGACGAGAAACACAAAAUUUGGCAAGGUUGGUGUACAGAGAGUAAAUCAUGUAAAUAUGACUUUUGUUUUGAUUUAGUAAAGCAAUCAGAAGUGAGUUGCAUUAAAUUUGAAGGAUAUGCACACUCUGAA